UGACCUGGUUAGGUAUGAUAUACUCUGGCAUAAAUUGAAGUAUUCAGGUGUGCCAGGCGAGAUAAUUAAUAUGUUUAAAUAUUGGUAUGAUCACCAAACUAACCAGGUCAAGUGGCUUGAUGAACUUUCUGAUGAGUACAGGUUGGAGUGUGGAGUGAGACAGGGGGGGUUGACGUCUCCUACACUCUUCAACUUGUACGUAAACGGGCUGAUUGAUGGGCUGAGCAACAUCGGAGUGGGAUGCUCGAUUGAUGGUUGCUGUAUCAAUAGUAUAAGCUACGCAGACGAUAUGGUGUUGCUCAGCCCAUCAGUAGCCGCGCUCAGAAAGAUGAUAGGCGUGUGUGAGAAGUAUGCGAAAGUGCACGGUCUCCUAUACAAUGAGCAGAAAAGCGAGCUCAUGGUAUUUCAGGCCAGGGGUCGUAAACUGGGGGAUGUGGCACCUGUACUGCUUAACGCUGUCACUCUUCAAAGAGUGAAGGAAUUUAAAUACCUCGGCCAUGUGGUAACCGAGGAUUUAAAAGACGAUAGGGACAUAGAAAGAGAGAGGAGGGCGAUGGCGGUCCGCUGUAAUAUGUUGGCACGCAGAUUUGCGGGGUGUAGUCUUGGGGUAAAGAUCACGUUGUUUAAAGCAUUCUGCCAAACUCUCUACACCUGCAAUCUGUGGGUCGGAUACACGCAGCGGGCCAUCAACGCUCUCCGUGUACAAUAUAAUAACGCGUUCAGGGUGCUGGUGGGGCUCCCGCGCUGCUGUAGUGCGUCUGCGAUGUUUGCGCACGCGCGCACUGACGCCUUUCACGCGGUGCUGCGGCGCCGCAUUGCCUCGCUGAUGUUCCGUACGCGUGGGAGCGCCAACACCAUCUUGAGCGUGCUCACCCAAAAACUGGAUAGCCCCCUUAUGAGGCACUGGGUUCAAACUCAAGUGUGCGUGGCCGGUGCCUCAAAGGGAGGCAAAUACUUAAGUUAAUUCUAUUGUUGUAAAAAAAAAAA